UGGCACACUUUUGUAGCUUGUCAAUUUGAAUUUUUAUUUGUCAAGUUGGUUUGUCGUCAAUCUAGCGGCCGUUCGUGUGUCUUAAAUUUUUUCGUAUUAAAAUGGGUGUGUUGAUGGCGUGAUUACCAUUAAGUCUAUUUAAAUCGGCUCCGAGUCGUAAGUUUUUGCCGCGGUGGCCCUUAGACGUACCAGUGUUUAGUUGUGAACGAUGUUGCGUACAGUGAUAAAUACGUUUUGGAACGAAUAUGUGUGGUUGCCGCCGAACACUACUUGGGAGGAUAUAGCGCCGGGUCCGGACAAGGUGGUGGUCUACACGGACCACCGCCACCUGCUGGUGCCCAUCCCCCUCGCGCUGGUGCUGAUAGCGCUUCGCUACGUGUUAGAAAAAUACUGGUUUGCGCCAUUUGGAAAAUCUCUCGGCAUCAAAAAUACAAGACCAAAGAAAGCACCAACAAAUCCUAAACUAGAAGCUGCUUACCAAGCAUCCCCCAAGAUCAAACACAAACAGUUCGUUUUGAGCAAGGAUGAGAUAUGCGCACUAGCCAAGCAACUGGACAUGUCGGAGCGGCAGGUGGAGCGCUGGUGGCGGCUGCGGCGCAGCCAGGACAAGCCCUCCACGCUCGUCAAGUUCAGCGAGAACAUGUGGCGAUGCACCUUCUACCUGUACAACUUCAGCUACGGCCUGUUCAUACUGUGGGACAAGGAGUGGCUGUGGGAUAUUGAUCACUGCUAUAUCGGGUAUCCGCAUCAGGGCCUAACAAACGACGUGUGGUGGUACUACAUGAUCUCCUCCGGCUUCUACUGGUCACUCACCAUGUCCCAGUUCUGGGACGUGCGACGUAAGGAUUUCUGGCAGAUGUUCGUGCACCACCUGGCCACCAUCGCGCUGCUCAGCUUCAGCUGGGUGGGGAACCUUUACCGGAUAGGCACGCUGGUGUUGUUGCUGCAUGAUACUGCUGAUAUCUUCUUGGAGGCGGCGAAGGCGGCCAAAUACGCCAACUACCAGCGGUUCUGCGACGCCGUGUUCGCGACGUUCACCGUGCUGUGGAUCGUCACGCGCCUCGGCGUCUACCCCUUCUACAUCAUAUGGAGCACGUCAGUCCGAGCCCCGAUGCUGCUGCCCAUGUUCCCCGCCUACUACAUCUUCAACUCGCUGCUGUGCCUGCUGCUGGCGCUGCACGUGGUGUGGACCUGGCUCAUACUGCAGGUGGCCUACAAGGCCAUACACGCCGGACAGAUGGAAGGUGACAUUAGGAGUUCUAGUUCUGAGCUGAGCGACGUCUCGCAGCUGUCCAACCACAGCACGCCCAACCGACUCAACCAUAAGAAGGAGACGUAGGAGCGACAUAAACAACGUAAGUUUCUAACGCAGCGUGGUGAACCAGUCCUAUGAAUUAUUCCGUACGAUCGUACCAACUUACACCUGCAGUGUGCACCAAUCAGGACACGACACGUCACAGUGACACUUUACUACUAUAAAAUAAUAUACAAAUGUAAAUUGUAUUGCUAUUUUCUUCUUAUUUAAUAAAAAAGGUGUCUAGAUACAAACGAAAACCGUAAAAUAUGUGUGAAGAAAAGGCAAUGUUAUCAUCUACUUACAAAGUUAUCUAAACAUAAGCAUAUUAUUUAUUUUUUAAUCUAAAAUGCAUUUACUGACAGUUUUAUUGAGCCGCGACUUUACCGACGUGGAUGCAGUUAGGUGUUGACCAAUCAUAGCAGUGCUGCAAGUGGUUGCAACCAAUCACAGCGUCGUAUGCUAGUGACGCAUUGCUCGACUACAUUAACGGUGGUAAACUCUUGAUUUACCUGCCUCUAAUACAGAUUUCAAAAGCCAUGGACAAACCUUGAAUGUGCAAUUGUGAAUGUUUUUAUUUUGCAAUAAAAACUUCUACAAGAGGGUAGAGUAGUAAAAAGUAAUUUGCUUAUUUCAGGCAGUACUCUUAUAAAAUUACAAUAUUAAACACUUGGCUAUCAGGUUCUAUAGGUAAGCAUAUUCUAAGGUUUCCACAUGGCUUUUCUAAUCAAAAAUAUCGAAUCAUUAACAUUAAUAAUAUAUUCUGUAACUUUAACUGGGACCACGUAGUUGGGUUUAGAUUUAUUUAAAGUAUUACUUACUUACUUUUUUAAUGUACAAUGUACAUACAUACGUAUAGGAACGACAGUUUUUUAAUCCGGCUUCCGAACAUUAAACA